AUGAGACUGAUAUUUUAUGUGCUCUCACUAGUGGUUUUAAUUCAGUGUGAAAGUUUGUCCAAGCCGAAUAUAGUUUUCAUUGUUGCUGAUGAUUUGGGUUGGAGCGACGUGAGUUUCCACGGCUCGGAUCAAAUAAUGACUCCGAACAUAGACGUGUUGGCAUACCAGGGCAUCAUAAUACCGCAGUACUACACCGACACACGGGGAACGCCGGCACGGAGCGCGCUUUUCACCGGAAAAUAUCCUUUAAGGAUGGGUACUCAAGGAAUUUCAAUAGCAUCCGCUGAGGACCGCGGCCUGCCUACCACAGAGGCUCUCCUGCCGCAAUAUCUUCAAGAAUUGGGCUAUUCCACACAUUUGAUAGGUAAAUGGGGCCUCGGUAAAUCCAGGGAACAUUAUCUACCCACUAAUAGAGGCUUUGAUACAUUCUACGGCUUCUCUGGCAGUAGUGUGGAUUACUAUACGUAUAAUCACGUUGAGACGUGGAACGACACAGUAUUUUAUGGACUGGAUUUUUUUAAUAAUUUGGAGCCAGUUGAAGAUCAAAGGGGCCAUCUGACUGAAGUGCUGACUGAACGAGCCGUAAAAGCUUUUGAAUGGUUUUAUAGCGAUAUUUAA